AUGGACGAAGACAAUGGAAAUGAAAUAUUCAAAGCGUUCACCAAACAAAACGUCGAAUAUAAUUUGUCUGGAAAAGCACAGGUCACAUAUAAAGCAAAAACUUAUUGGGCACAGGUAUUGUUACAUGGAAAUGUAUUAUGUAUCGAAGAGAGUGAUGAAUCAGUGACCGCAAGUGUUCCUUUGAUUUUUGUUCUUGAACAAGUCACAGUCAAGAAAAUCGACAAGGACCAUGAAUUCGAAUUGCAUUUCUCAGAUCCAGAAGAGAAUCUUGGGAUAUGUGUCGAAAAUGAUGAAAUAAGAGAAGAAUGGAUGAUUAAGGUUUUUUGUUAUUGCAAACAUUCAUGACUCAUUUCAUUUCAUUUAAAUUUUUCAGCUAGCGACUUGUUCACAUCAAAUGGCUCGUGCAGAACUUGACGAAGUUGCAUAUAAAUUUUAUACAAUGUCACCACUUGGAAAUGAAGAUGGUAACAAAGAUGUGAAAAGUUCAUCAUUUCAAAACUUUUAUCUAACUUCUCCAUUAAGAAUUUCGCACAACUUUGCUAUAUCACAGGUAUUUCUAAAAAUCGGAAAUCUUAAAUCAUAAUCAAUUUAUAGCAAAAUAAUCUUCCCGCUCGACGAGUUGUUGUCGAUGAAACACUUUGGGAAACGAAAUUAUCAUUAGUAUUGCCAAAAGAAAUUAUUAAAAUGAAUCGAAAGAAAAUUCAAGAAUUUUCGGCUCUUCUUGAAAGUCGCCUCAAAACUUGGCCUUCUUUUUCUAUAAGUGGUUUACAUGAAAUAUUAAGAGAACUUCGAGAAAUGACAGAAGUUUAUGAUAAUUGUUUUGAGUUUGUUGAUAGAUUCACGGGUCCAUCAUUUCGAAAAUCUGUAGAAAAGCAUCGAGUCGCAUUUGGUAUGGUUCCAACUAAUCUUCAUAUACAUUCGUAAGUUUUUAAGAUUUGAUUUGGAAAUAAAAUCUCAAAAUUGUUUCAGAUAUGAUAUAAAUUCGACUGAUAAACGUGAUUUUAUUACUGCUGGAACUGCAUCUGCAAUUCCCUUCCGAUACACGGUAAGUUUAAUUUGGAAAAAAAACAAUUAUUUUUCUGUAUUUAUUUAGAAUGGUGGAUUGUCUCGAAUGUAUUCACAAAUCGAACUCGAACCCUAUAAUUUCGAUUACACAUUCUGGAAAAAGCGACAAAAUAUUCUGGAUCUCAAAAAAACCAUCGGAGAAGCAAGUUUCAAAGUGGAACGCGAAUGGAAAAUUGCAAAAUUCGGAAAACCUGACAAAAUGUGUUUGCAAUUAUUUGCAGCGAUCAAACAGGUUUAUGAGGGAUUGAAGGAUGUUCUGAGCAGUUUACCGAAUAUUGAACCAAUUUCGGAAAUUUUGUUGGAAGAAGAACGAAAAAGAGAGCAAAAUGGGCAAAAGGUAGAGCAUAUUUAUCAUUUGAAAAUCUCGUUAAAAAUCAAUAUUUAUUCCAGCUCAAUGAAAAUCACGUUUAUGACAAUAUUCAAAAUCAAAUUGAUCGAAUUGAUGCAAUGAUUGUUAGUUUACACACAAAAGUAGCUGUGAUUGAUACUUUGAAUGAAGAACCGCAAGAAAGAGAGACUUUCGAGAAAAAUACUCGACAAUCAAUUUCUACGUGUUUAGAUAUUCUUAUUGUUCUUGCUGAUUCAAUUUUGGAAUCACAAUUAUUUUCACUUGGUCAGUUUUUUCUUCUAAAAUGCUACUAAAUUAAAUUAUUUUCCAGUGAAUUCAUUACAAAAAUCAUCUCUAACUCAUACAUAUUUUCAACUAAUGUUGAGAACGGAUUUUGUGGUUUCACAGGCGAUAACAAUUGGAACAACAGCAAUAUUAAAUCGAAUUCAAAAGGCAACAACAACAAAUUUAACCAAAGACUUUUUAUUAGUUGUCUUCUCUUUUCUUUCUGCUUAUGGAGAUGAAAAAGGAAUGAUUGAAGACGCUGUUGAAGCAUGGAAAUGUCUCGAACAUCGUGUUCGUUUUCGACUUGUUCGUGCUCCAUCAACUGUUUGUCGAACUUGUAUUCCAAUUAUUCAAGGAUCUCGUGCAUAUCUAAAUGUUUCAAUUCCUUUACCUCAUGAUAUUUAUGAUUCAUUACCGGAAAAUAUCAAAUGGACCAAUAAUUUUGUGAUAAAAGUAGCGUAUUUCAAUUUGGGUGUUAAUCAUGAGGCAACUUUUGGGCAAAGUUUUGGCGGAGUUUCGUUUGAAAGUGCUAUAAAUCAAGAAGCGGCUGAAAGAUUGAAUUUAUUUGCGAAUUUGAAUGAUGUUAGUACACAAGCAAGAGAAGCUGUUAUGGAAGUUGUUAAUGAGGUAAAACUAAAAAUUUUAUCAAUUUUUUACCCAAAAAAAUAUGUAAAAUUUUUAGAGUUAGAAAAUUCUUGAAAACGAAAUAUCUUGCUACAAAAAAGCAAAAUUCAACAUUUUUUCAGGUAACCACUGAACCUUCUCGAAAAAAUCUUUCAAUCUUUGACUGGGCAAUGACUGCUUGUGAACAACUUGGUGGAGAAGCUGUUAUAUCUUGCAAAAGUGGAAAAGAUCGAACUGGAAUGGCCGCUUCUUUAGAACAAGGCAGAGUUCUUCGAGAAACUUGUGGAUUCAAUACAACUCAAAUCGCUGAAGUCAUUAGUUCGUUGAGAAAAGAUGGAGUUCGACGAGAAAAUUGCCGAAAAAAUGUUGGAAAACCAAUUUAUUCAUUCAGCCCGUUCCAAAUGCACUUUUUGCCUAAGGUAAAUUUAUCAUAUUUUAUUUUAGAAUCGAGAAAAUACGCCCUAAAUUUUGCAGAAUUUUCGGCCGCCUUCUGGCACAUAUUCUCAAGGAGUUGCGAGUUAA